AUUCUCCUCUCGGCGGAGUUAAAAAGUCCACACAGAUCACUAGGUCAUUCGUCCGAGGAGAAGACGAGACGGAAGGACGAAGAAAAUGGGAGACGAUGCGGUAUGCAAAGUAGUUCCAAACCUCCUUUCAUCAUUCGUAGACACAUUCGUCGAUUUUUCUGUAAGUGGCUGCUUCAUGCUCAAAAGCUCUUAUCUCGAUUCUGAUAAGAACGUUGCUAAACUCAAUGAUUGGAAGACGGAGAUGCCAGCUCCCGAUCGUCUGAUUGCGAUCGGAGAUGUUCACGGAGAUUUGGAGAAGACGAAGGAGGCAUUCAGGAUAGGGGGAUUGAUUGAUGGCUUCGAUCGGUGGAUCGGAGGGUCAACGACGGUUGUCCAGGUAGGGGACGUGCUGGAUCGCGGCGGAGAGGAGAUCCAAAUCCUGUAUUUCCUGGAGAAAUUGAAGCGAGAGGCAGCGAGGAGUGGAGGUAAGAUAAUAACGAUGAACGGGAACCAUGAAUUACUGAAUGUAGAUGGUAAUUUCAAGUUUACAACGGCAGAUAGUUUGAAGGAAUUCAAGAAAUGGGCGGAUUGGUAUUGUAUGGGGAACAGGAUGAAGGGACUGUGUGUAGGGUUAGAAAAACCUAAGGACAUUUAUGAGGGGAUUCCAUCAGUUUUGCCAGGAAUUAGAGAAGAAUUGGUUGAUGGAGUAAGAGCAAGAAUUGCAGCACUGAGACCGGGAGGUCCAAUUACUCGGAGGUUCUUGUCGAAUAAUGCGACUGUGUUGGUAAUCGGGGACUCCAUUUUUGUCCAUGGAGGUCUGUCGUCUAAGCAUCUUGAUUAUGGAUUAGACAGGAUAAAUGAGGAAGUGAAAGAUUGGAUGAAUGGAUUGGGGGGAGGACUUGCUCCGGAGCAUUGUGGAGAAGAUGGUGUAGUGUGGAUGAGGAAGUUUUCUGUUAAAAAGGUGAAGAAGAGUGAUUGUUCAGCUCUUGAACAUCUGCUCACUACCGUUCCGGGGGUGCAGAGGAUGAUCAUGGGACACACGCCGCAAAAGAGAAUCAAUGAUGAAUGCGAUGGCAAGGCGAUAAGGAUUGAUGUCGGAAUGUCUAGAGGCUGCGGAAAUCGCUUGCCAGAGGUUUUGGAGAUUACUCGGGGUAAAGGGUUGAAGAUUUUGUCAUCAUCUCCAGCAUAGUUGACACAGAAAAUAAGCAGAACUCAAAAUCCUUGAGGAUUUUUGUUUCUUCAAAACCUUUCCUUGCUACUUGCAAGCAUACUUCAAGUGUGCGUAUGAGUGCUUUGACCGGAGAAGAAAGCAA